AUCCGAGGCCAAACGCACGUGACCUUCGCCAAUGUCAAACCUACCAGAAUUAGUGAGCCAGCUGCGCUACCGUUUUCUGACGGAACGAACCUCGUUUGUCGAUUUUGACCGUCGAGAUGUCGACAGAGUGAAGUCUGACGACGCGUAUUUGCGACGGUUUAUCUUACAUCGCAAGAGGAAUGUCGCUGACGCAUGUGAAUUGCUGGUGACGUGUUUGAAAUGGAGGAAGACAUUUUACGUCAAUGAUCUCUCAGAAGCUACAGUAGACCGACACUAUUUUGAAAUUGGUUUAGGAUUUGUCCACAACACAGACAAAAAGGGAAAUCCAUUGUUGAUUCUUAACAUUCAAAAGCACAAAAAGAAUUCGCAAACGUUGCCUGAACUCAAGAAAUAUGUGGUUUACAGCUUAGAGAAACAGGCAAAGGCAAUGCCUGAGGGACAAGUGACAGUUCUGUUUGAUAUGACAGAUACUGGAUUAACCAAUAUGGAUCUUGAUUUUAUGAAGUUCUUUAUCAAUUGUUUCAAGUUCUAUUUUCCUAAUAUGUUAGAGCUAUUGUUAGUGUACAAUUUGCCAUGGAUACUUCAAGCCGCAUGGAAAAUAAUUCGGUCGUGGCUGAGUGAAAAUGCAAGACAACUAGUCAAAUUUGUUAACAAAGACACGAUAUUGGAUUAUGUAGACUCAAAUCAAUUGCUAGUCCAAUUCGGAGGAACCGACACCUGGGAGUAUCAGUAUCUACCAGAAGUUAGCACUGAAACUCCAGCUAAGAAGGUGCGUUUUAAUAUGACCGGCCAAGGAGAUGAAGAAGUCUCUGCUGCUGCUGCUGAGUCAACGUCUGUAUGUCAAGAUGAAAGCGAUCGGCGGGAACUGACAGAAUUACAAGAAAGUGAAAUAGCAGAUGCCAUGAUGGACAGCAAAGAAAACGAUGGCAACGUUCAGCAACAGAAACAAGUUCAAAAGCAAGCUUUAGUUAGAAGGAGGAGUGUGGAGAGCAAACCAGGAGGAUUGCUGAAAAGGUCAAGUAGCAGUGAUAUGAGCGCAUCGAGAAGUUGGCUGAAACUGAAACCAUCAGAUGUGAUUGAGUUCGUUGGCAGUCACAAAGAGAACAGCCAGACUGUCCUUCAUUUGACUAACGCGACCGACUCCACGUUGUCAUUCAAAGUCAAAACUACGUCUCCAGAACAUUUCUCUGUCAAAUCUAGUGUUGGAAUAGUUGUGCCUGGAGAGACAAUUAAAGUUAAUAUUACCCUUCAUCAAGGUCACUACACACUGAGAGACAAGUUUCUCAUUCUUUGCACUAAACUAGUGGACGGAUCUUUUCCCUCAGUUGAUCAGCUUGCUGUUUUAUGGAAAACAAUUAGUUCUAAGCACAUACAAGAGCAAAGGUUGCCAUGUCGCCUGGUAGAAUCGUUAAAUUUCUCGGGGCCGUCUGGGAACACGAAGGGUUCUAGCUCUGGUGUGUCUUUUGACUCCGCUGAUACAUAUGACAACUCAUUUGGACAGAAACUGAGUGAACUGAACCGCAACGUGCUGGCACUCAAAGAUCAGGUUACUAGACUGUCAGAUGAAAACGGACGUCUCUUGAAUCGGCUGGAGCAUGCUCUGUCUCUGCAGCUGAAUCUCUUUCUAGUCACAUUGCUUUGCAUUUCUAUUGCUUUGGCUAUCGUCUUGCGCUUGGGUCAAUUUGAUCCUUGGUUGUAGGGAGUUGUUUAGAUAUUGUAAAAGUUUACUAUUGGACUGGACAACAUUUAUAGUGACUCAUCUUAUACGCUUGUUCUAAAAGAGUGAAUCUGUUGAGCACAAUCGAUUUGUUCUAGCUUUGAACUUGUCAUUCUUGCAUUAUUCUCAAUCUUGAGGUGUGACACUGAGUACAGCAACCUUCGUAAGCACAAUUGCCUGAGCUCGCGCCGUGGUGUUAAGCUUU